AUGGAUUCCCUUCCUUCUGUGUCGCCCUCCAUGGUCCUCCCUCCCAGCCACCCUUUCCGCCGUCUCCCUCCGCGGCUCCUCUCCGCCCGAACCCGAAGCCGUCGCCGCGUGUCCAUCUCCUGCAGCCUCGCCGGCGACGGCACCGACGACGACCUCGACAGGGCUCUCCACAUGGAUGGCGCCAUUCCCGGCACCUCCAACGAGUUCGUCAAACGCGUCUCCUCGCGCGCCUACGACAUGCGUCGCAACCUCCAACAGUCCUUCGAUUCCAGCAGCUACGAUGUUUUAGAUGCCAACCCUUGGAGAGAGACUUCAAAGCCUGUGUAUGUACUCACCCACAAGGAAAAUCAGUUGUGUACAAUGAAAACCCGCAGAAAUAGAAGUGAGGUUGAAAGAGAACUUGGAUUGUUGUUUUCUAAAGGAGGCAAGUGGGGAUCUGGAAUUGGAAAUCAGUCCAAACAGGCGAGGGGAGGGACUAAUAAGUUUCAAAUGCUUGUGGAAGAUGUUAGAGAGGGAGUACUGGUAUUUGAAGAUGAACAUGAAGCAGUAAAGUAUUGUGACUUGCUAGAAGGAGGUGGUCAAGGUUGUGAGGGUGUUGCCGAGAUUGAAGCCUCGUCGAUAUUUGAUCUUUGCCAGAAAAUGAGGGCUCUUGCAGUUUUAUUCCGCAGAGGGAGGACACCUCCUCUGCCUGAAAGUCUUAAACUCAAUCUGCGAGCUCGUAAAAGGUCCCUUGAAGAUCAUGAUGAUUUGAUGUGA